AUGAAAUCGGACAAAUACUUAUACCCACCAAAGUUAUUAACUUUACCAGAAGAAGUUUUGCGAAAUAUUUUGAACUUUCUUAAUUACGAUACAAUAGCUAAUUUGCGUUUGACUUGUCAUCGCUUUAAUUAUCUAUGUGGUUCAGUUCUAAAUAUCCAGUUUAAAAAAUUGCGCAUUCAAGUAAAAAAUUAUUAUAAUUUAGAAAUAGAAAUGAAGAGACGAUUACCAUUGACCAAUAGAAAUCAAAUAAUAACAUUUUUAAGCGACGAGUUACAAAAAUUGCAAUCGAUUUUUGGAAAACAUAUCGACAAUAAAUGCUGCUGCUUUUUUGCUGGCAAAAUUCUGGACGAAGCAUAUAAUAUUUAUAAUAUAAUGAAAAUGAAUGACUAUUUUCUUGAUUCCGUCGGCACCCACAAAAUACCUUACGCUUUACAAAUCAUGAAUGCCUUUUUCAUUCUGUUUAAAAAGCUUCAACAGUACCUCGAUUUAUCUAAUCAUUUUAAACAAUACUUUUAA